GACAAACCAAGAGAAGAAGAAGAAGAACGUUUAGAAUCUCAUGAAGGAGUGUUACGAAAGCGGGCAUAACUAAAGUCUAAUUAAAUCAUCUUUAAUUAUUUACUUGGUUUGUCAGCAGGAUUUAUUAAUACGUUAACUGUUAGCAGUGAGGUGAAGUUUUCUUACCCGGACUCACUGUUGUCUCUGGAGCAGGGAUCCAUUGUCCGGACAGCGUCAUAAACAUCUCCUGACUCAUACCGUUGUGUACUUUGAGUUCACACCCAUAGAGUGAAAGUGAUUGAGACCUUCAGUGAAGCUCCUCCUACAACAAUCCACCAAUAAAUGCUGGAUUCAAACACACAGAGAAAUCACUCCAUGUGUGACAACUGAAAUCUUCAUGACAUAAUGUUGAUGCUGGUGAAAGAGGAGCUUGAGAAGAUGACAGAUCCACAACCAUGCAAAAUAAAGGAUGAAGAAACUGAGGAACAAAUAGAUAUGAUUGAAGUGAAAGAGGAGAGUCAAGCUGAAGUGGAUGAGAAACAUCAGAUUGUAAAAAUAAACCAUAAUGUUUCAAAGAAAGAAACUCUGAAGACAGAAGACAUAAAGUGUGAAAAUAGUUUCAGUGAAGAUGAACGCCCUGCAGAUCACAAGAGGACUCACAGUGAAGAGAAACCUUUCACAUGUCAACAGUGUGGAAAGAGUUUCAGAACAAAAGAUAACCUUAGAUCACACAUGAGGACUCACAGUAAAGAGAAACCUUUCACAUGUCAACAGUGUGGAAAGAGUUUCAGAACAAAAGCUCACCUUAAAGAACACAAGAGGACUCACAGUGAGAAGAAAACUUUCACAUGUCAACAGUGUGGAAAGAGUUUCAGAACAAAAGCUCACCUUAAAGCACACAUGAGGACUCACAGUGAGGAGAAACCUUUCACAUGUCAACAGUGUGGAAAGAGUUUCAGAAGAAAAGAUAACCUUAAAACACACAUGAGUAAUCACAGUGAGGAGAAACCUUUCACAUGUGAACAGUGUGGAAAGAGUUUCAGAACAAAAGUUAGCCUUAACUCACAUGUAAGGAUUCACACCGGAGAAAAAACACACGCAUGCCAUCACUGUGAAAAGAGUUUUAAAACUGUCGGUGACCUUAACAAACAUUUGAGGAUUCACACUGGCGAGAAACCACACGCAUGCCAUCACUGUGAAAAGUGUUUUACAACUGUCGGUGAGCGUAACAAACAUUUGAGGAUUCACACUGGAGAGAAACCAUACGCAUGCCAUCACUGUGAAAAGAGUUUUACAACUGCCAGUGCCCUUAAGAAGCAUUUGAGGAUUCACACUGGAGAGAAACCUUACACUUGUCAACUAUGCAGAAAGAGUUUCACCUUUAACUCAGGCCUUUUCCAGCACAUGAAAACUCACAGUGGGGAAAAGCUACACGCAUGCCAUCACUGUGACAAGAGUUUCCUAGAUAAAGUUAAACUUAAGAUACACAUGAGAAUUCACACUGGAGAGAAACCAUUUACAUGUCAUCUGUGUGGAAAGAGUUUCACAAUAAAAACUACCCUUAACGUACACAUGAGGAUUCACACCGGAGAGAAACCACAUCCGUGCCAUCACUGUGAAAAGAGUUUUAUAACUGCAUGUAACCUAAAAAAACAUUUGAGAAUUCACACUGGAGAGAAACCUUACACUUGUCAUCUGUGUGGAAAGAGUUUCGUUACAAAUCCCAACCUUAAAAUACACAUGAGGAUUCACACCGGAGAGAAACCACAUCCGUGCCAUCAGUGUGGAAAGAGUUUUACAACUGCAGGUAAACUUAAGACUCACAUGAGAAGUCACACUGGAGAGAAGCCUUACAUAUGCUCUCAGUGUGGAAAGAGUUUUUCUGCUGAAAGUAACUUUAAGAUUCAUGCAAGAAUUCACACUGGAGAGAGAGCGUUCACUUGCCAUGAGUGUGAAAAAUGUUUCAGAAGUAAGAGUAACCUUAUAACACACAUGAAAAUUCACAAAGGAGAGAAACCUCACGUGUGUUUUCAGUGUGGAAAGUGUUUCAGUAUGGAGUGUCAACUUAAGAAACACAUGAUAACUCACACUGGAGAGAAACCUUACAUAUGUCCUCACUGUGAAAAGAGUUUUACAAGUGAAGGCACUCUUAGAUCACACAUGACAGUUCACACAGAAGAAAAAACUUUCACAUGUCAUCACUGUGGAAAGGGGUUUACAGUAAGACGUGACCUUAAUGAUCAUGUGAGAAUUCACACCGGAGAGAAACCAUACGUGUGUCAACAGUGUGGAAAGAGUUUCAGGACAAAACCAAACCUUAAUGCACAUUUGAUCACUCACACUAAAGAGAAACCGUUCACAUGCCAUGAGUGUGAAAAGAGUUUCAAAACAAAAGCUAACCUUAAAAAACAUGCAAGAUUUCACAAUCAGUAGAAAACAUUCAUGUGUCAACAGUGUGGAUAUGGCAUCAAAGUUUAGAAAUCAGCUGAGGUCUUAUUAAUAAAACUGUCUGGAGGAUCCUUACUCAAAGUCUACAUGCAUACAAAAGCCAAAAAUGGUGUAUGGCAAAAAAGAUUGAGACCGUUUCUCAUUUUGUGUUCUUGUGAAACAUCAUCAGUUGCGGCCCAAGAACUGUUCCAAUUCCAAGUUCACAUCAAGUCAAGUUCACAUAACAUGUCAGGAUGUGUUCUUGAUCCGCUGAUUUUAUCGAGAAUGCAUCAGCAGGUGACUUGUGUGGACUUACGACAGAAAAGUUUCCCAGAAUGCAUUUCACGUCAACGGCAGUGGAGCUUAAAGUCUGCACAAUAUUUGAAAUAUUACUCUUUUUGUGUCAUAAAAUGUAGCCGUUUAGUUGAGAAUAUAGACGAAUAAACUUCAAAUCUGUGGUCAGUUAGUAAAGAUAGCGCCUAUAUUAAAUUUUGGGUAUUUGAGUUCAAGUUGAUCUGCGGGCAGUCAGCGCCGUGUACAACGCCCAGAGCAACCUCAUCUCUGCAAGUCCUUCUGAAAUUUGCAGCUGUCUCAGUGCAGCUGCUCUGCCCUUCAGUCUCAUCAAUUAAUUUUUCUUUAUUAUUCAUUUGAAGUCUGUUACUUGUUAUUAUCAUAAAAUGAGAGUCUAUGGGGAUAGACUCUCUUAUGGAGCGAGCCAGUUGAUGUUAAGCUGGGUACACACCAAAAGAUAAUCGGGCUGAUUUGGGGCCGACCCCCCCCAACAAAAUAUCAUAUUAUGUUUGGAGCGAUUUGGUUCGAUAAUAAGUAUCUCUGUCUUAUUGGAGUUUAGCAUAAGGAAGUUAUGUGCAAUCCAGUCCCUAAUAUCGCUAAUGCAGUCUGUUAGCUUAGAAAACUGGUGGGUUUUGCUAGAUGUGAUGAGAUGUAAAGCUGGAUAUAAUACACAAAGCAGUGAAAACUUAUGUUAUGUUUCCUGAUAAUGUCUCAUAGAGGUAACAUAUAUAACGAGAAUAGGAUAGGACCUAAAACGGAACCCUGUGGUACGUCGUAUUUAACCAGGGAUUGAAAUGACUCUUCCUCAUUUACAUAAACAAAGACCACUGAUACCAACAUAGUUUUCUAGUCUUUUAAAGUAGGAUUGUGUGAUCUAUUGUGUCAAAGGAUGCCCUAAGGUCUAGUAAUAUAAGGAUUAAGAUUUCAACACGAUUGGAUGUUAAAAGGAGGUAAUUUGUAACUCUAAGCAGUGCUGUCUCUGUGCUAUGGUGGGGCCUGAAUUCUGAUUGGAACUUUUCAUACGUACCAUUAUUCACUAAGAAUGUGCAUAGCUGGCUUGUCACUGCUUUUUCUAAUACCUUAGAAAGAAAAGGGAGAUUUGAGAUUGGUCUAAAGUUAUUAAGAUCUCCCUGGUCAAGGUGUGGUUGUUUAAUGAGUGGUCUAAUAAAUGCUAGUUUGAAAGCUGUCUAGCGAUGAGUUAAAGAUAUUUAGUACUGAGUCUGACACUACAGGGAAUACCUCUUUUUAAGUAGUUUUGUGUGAACGGGGUCUAAUUUACAGGAUGAUGAUUUGGAUGAUGUUACUAAUUUAGAUAGCUCUACUAUUGUAUAAGGUUUAAAUGACUCAAGAUGUUUGUAUGGUAAUCUAGUAUCAAAUGUACUAUUGGGUAGAGAAGUGGCUGUUUCCGUAGCUUCGAUGUUUUCCCUAAUAACAGUAAUUUUCUUAGUAAAGACGUUCAUGAAGUAGUUACUAUUGUGUUGGAGUUUGCUAUUGGUUUCUGUUUGUUCUUUGUUUCUAGUCAGUUUUGAAACUUUGCUAAACGAGGGUUGUUAUGAUUUUCUUUAAUAAGCUUGCUGAGAUAGGUAGAGACAAUGCAAGCAUUAGCCAGCACUUUAAGUUUGCAUCUAAUGUCAUGACGCUCUGGCUCCCGGUAUACAUUCGACUAUGGUGGCUGGUGUCUCAAUCUUCAUGUUGUUGAGAAUAGAAUCACCAAUAACCAGGGCACUUUUAACAGACAUCUCAGCAGGUGUAUUGCUGAGGGAGGAGAAUCUGUUAGAAAUGACUACAGGAGCGUGAGCUGGUGGGCCCCGGGUACGACUCUGCCGCCUGACAGUCACCCAGUUAGUCUGCCGCCUUGACUCUGAUGUCAGAACCGAGCCAUGUGUAUUACACUUAACACUAGAGGCGUAACCUUGUUUGUAACCUUAACAUUAGCGGUCUUACUGUCCUCAACUAGCGUUCGGAUGCGCGCUUCUAGUUCUGCAACCUUCUCAGUCAGCCUUACUACUUCAAUACACUUAGUGCAUGUAAACCCCUCUGUGCUAACGGGCAGAAGCUAAACUGUACAUGUGGCAAGUAGUGCAGGUUACAAUAAGAAGCGGAGUCUUACUGCUUUCAUGCUGGGCAAUGGGGUCUCCGUUCAUCCGAAUGCGGUCCGUAAAGGCAGAUUUCAUGGAUUAAAGUUUUCCGUCGCUAGACGGAUUUCCGUCAAUUGAAAAAUUAUUAAAUUCACUUUUCAUAAAGACGAGUCGUGUAUUCACCUUUUUAAGUGGGAUGUGAUCAAAGCCUGGAGUGGAGCCAAAUCACGUUCCUCUCUCCACUGUAAGCGUUCUGUAACCACCACGCACCGGAUCCACUCCGGGUUUUCUGGCUGUAUCACGUUAAGCUGAGGGAUAACUUUAUUUCAGCUAGCAUGGACAAACUUAUAAUGCAGGAAGGCUCCGAUGUUUUGGAGAUCGAUAAAGGUGUAAAAGACCUGGAGAUUGACUUAGCGAAAUGAUGAAGAUUGGCAAGGCUUUCAGUUCGUGGGCUAAGAAAACCAAAAAGCCAGGUAACUUGCGUGUCUUUGCACAGUAUGACUAGGGGUGCUGUAUUUUGGGGGUAAAUGAUUUCCCCCGUACGUGAUCACCCGCGUCCCGUUUUUGACUGCUGAUCUAACCAGUGGCUGAUACAACAUGUUUGUUAAACUCGUGGGUAAACUUCAUGUGGCGCCACAAGAACCAGGAGGCAGAUGACAUCCAAAUCCCGUGAGAGCGAUUCGAGGAAUCAUAAGAGGAGACUGCUUCCGAAAUGCUCUCGCGGGACUUUGAUGUCAACCACAUGUCGGUUCUUGCAGUUGCAUUUGCGUGUGGUCACAAAAACUUAACAUUUGUACACAUAUUUAAGCACCACAGUUUAAAAACAAGUGAUUUAAGCCAUUCAAAGUCAAACAACAGUGCAAAAUGCGGCCGCUGUUUCUGUGUCAGAUGGGCACGCAAAGUCGCGCAUUCGCUUCUCAUUGUGUGAGUAUUUUUGCCGCUUUAUUGGCCUUAAAUAAACAUAUGCGUCAAAAAUCCAGUCUUUGCAAAUAUCCUCAUAUAAACACGGCCAUUUAGGUCUUAGGAGAAAGUAAACAGCAGAAACAUUGCGCACAAAAUAGCACAUCAGCGCUGCCUCUAUUGUAACAUAAUAAUUUGUUGAUAAAGGUACAGUCAUUCAUUGUACAUCUUUCACUAUGGUUACAGACAUCCUGUGGGUAUUGUACACGAGUUUGACUCGAGUUACUCGUUUAGGAUUUAUAUUCAUACAUAACGUUACUGUAUAAGAGCUGUGACUGUAAGCUGUUUUGUGAACAGAACAGACCCUGGAUUAUUUGUUUGUGUACUGAAUAAUAUGAUAUGAAAAAGUUGUAUUUGUUUACAUUAGUAAAUGCAUUAUAUAACAUGAACAAACAAUGAAAAUAUAGAGUAUAUAAGCAUUCUUGUUUAUGUCAUUACAGUAAUUGACGGUAGUUCAUGGUGCAUUCACUAAUGUUAACAGUUUCAACUUUGAUUUAAAAAAAAUAUUAGUUAAUGCUCAAAUUAAUACAUUUACAAUUAAUUAAUUAAUAAUUAAUAAAAGAUUCAUUAAAGGUGGUGAUAUUCAUGUUUUCUUUUUAUAUAGUGAGUUAUUUAGCUGUUUCGCCUUAAUCUGAAAUUCCCUGUAAACUACAGCUACCUAUAUACUACAGGAGACUUUAAUAUGGAAUUAAUGGCAAAAAAAUCUCCCCUUAAAAUGUUAUUGGUCUCGCCUACAUAAAGUGUAAGUUAAAGGAAUAUGACUUGGCCUGAAAAAAAUUUCAGUCAGAAGAAUUUUUUUCACUUUAAUCCCUGAGAUUUACAGUAAGCAGACAUAAGCAAAUGCUAACUUGAGCCGGCACCGUUUAUAGUCUCUGUUAUAGUCUCUCUCUCUCUCUCUCUCUCGCGUCUCUCUAUUGCGUCUCUCUACACUUGUCUCCACAACACAUGCACAUUAAGGCUUUCUGCCUUUGUGACAACCAGAGAUUUAAAAAAGCAGUCCAGUGUAUUUAAUGACAUUUCUUUAUGCCCGUUGUUUGCCAUGUUUGUUUACUGUGAAGUCACGUUUGGACCCGAGAAACAUUGCAAGAUUUUGUGUGAUUUCCUGUGUUCACAGUCGAGCGUCUGCCGUCUGGUUGCAAAUCUGUCCGUGUGUGGUGUGCUGUCUUUGACACAUCAUUGCACACCACACACUAUAGGAGCAAAACGGUUAAAUCUAGGAUUUUUAUCCUCAUGUUUGUGGUCUAUCACAUUUUUUAAAUCUUAUGAUGUAAAAUAUCUUUUGGUGUGUACCCAGCAUUAAAUCACUUCCGUAUUGCCCCUCAAAAUGGUUGUGUUGCUUGAACCACAUUCAAGCAAGGUUUUUGCAUUUUAUAUAUUUCUUUUUUAACAAAAAUAAAUUAAAGGGGACAUUUCACAAGAGUUUAAGAUGUCAAAUAAAUCUUUGGUGUCCCCAGAGUGCGUAUGUAAAGUUCUAGCUCGUAAUACCAUAUGAAUAAUUUAUUAUAGCAUGUGUAGGAUUGAAAUACGAAUUUAGGAAUUUAGUUGUAGAAUUUGUAAGAAUUUAGUACUCUGUCACAACUUUUCACAACCCCCAUUUACGUCGUGUACCAUCUGCAUUCCUGUGCUUACUGAUACUGAACCAAGAGUAUUGGCAGAGCUCUUUAUUCAGCACAUUGGGGGUUAAAGGUGGUCUUCUGAUUGGUCAGUUUGAAUGUAUGAUGUUAGGUUUAGUCGCAUGGUCAAGGCAAGGGCAUAAAAGAAUAUGUUUGGUGGGUCUGCUCUCUCUUAUUCCUCUUCUUAUUUUUUGGGUUGGUCUCCAUGAGCUCUGGGGUUCAGGCCAUUAGGCCUAGAUUCCAGUUCUCAGUGGUGAUUCUCUUUUUUCUAAACUUUAUUUAUUUCUCUGUUCUCUAUACUAUCAGGUAAUAUCUCACAUACAAUGGAAACAGUUAAUUGUAUGUAUUAUUUACCAUUUCAUGCAUUUAUAAUGUAACCAUUUCAAUUGUAACUUAAGUCAGUACUGCUAUUAAACUUUUUAAUUUAUAAA